CCGUGCGAGAGGCGACGGCAGAGCGCGGCGCGGCGCGGCUCCGGCUCCCCUUUCUCCCCGGCCCGGGCGAGGAGAGGUGUCUAUGGGGCACCCGCCGCCGCCGCCGCCGCCGCCGCCGCCGCCGGGUGCGAGCUCUAUGGCGAGGAGGAGGAGGAGGAGCGCCAGCGCAGAGACCCAAGUACACGAAUAAAGGAUAACGUAUUUUGUGAAACAAAUCUUCGAUCACGUUAAACAUUUUGAUGCUUGGCAUCUAGACUCUCUUGUGUCCUCACUAUGCCAGCAGCAACUGUAGAUCAUAGCCAAAGAAUUUGUGAAGUAUGGGCUUGCAACCUGGAUGAAGAGAUGAAGAAAAUUCGUCAGGUUAUUCGAAAAUACAAUUACGUUGCAAUGGACACCGAGUUUCCAGGUGUGGUUGCAAGACCCAUUGGAGAAUUCAGAAGCAAUGCUGACUAUCAAUACCAACUAUUGCGAUGUAAUGUAGACUUGUUAAAGAUAAUUCAGCUAGGACUGACUUUUAUGAAUGAGCAAGGAGAAUACCCACCAGGAACUUCAACUUGGCAGUUUAAUUUUAAAUUUAAUUUGACGGAGGACAUGUAUGCCCAGGACUCUAUAGAGCUACUGACAACAUCUGGUAUCCAGUUUAAGAAACAUGAAGAGGAAGGAAUUGAAACACAGUAUUUUGCAGAACUUCUUAUGACUUCUGGAGUGGUCCUCUGUGAAGGGGUCAAGUGGUUAUCAUUUCAUAGUGGUUAUGACUUUGGCUAUUUAAUCAAAAUCCUGACCAACUCUAACUUGCCUGAAGAAGAACUUGACUUCUUUGAGAUCCUUCGAUUGUUUUUUCCUGUCAUUUACGAUGUGAAGUACCUCAUGAAGAGCUGCAAAAAUCUAAAAGGUGGUUUACAGGAAGUUGCCGAACAGUUAGAGUUGGAACGAAUAGGACCACAGCACCAAGCAGGAUCUGACUCAUUACUCACAGGAAUGGCCUUUUUCAAAAUGAGAGAAAUGUUCUUUGAAGAUCAUAUUGAUGAUGCCAAAUAUUGUGGUCAUUUGUAUGGCCUUGGUUCUGGUUCAUCCUAUGUACAGAAUGGCACAGGGAAUGCAUAUGAAGAGGAAGCCAACAAGCAGUCAUGACAUGAAAUAGUCCUUUUAUUUUUAUUUUAUUUGAGCUACACACAUGCUUGUAUAUAGGUUUUAUCUCUGGUUGAAUCCCUUGAACAAUAGAUAAUACUUUUUUUCCCUCUCAUAGCCCAUUUUAUUUUCCGCCUCUCAGAGUAUGACCAUUCCUAUCUCAGAUCUUAAUAAAUAGAAAAGUAUUCAGGUUAAAUUUGGCCUUAAUAUACUUAUUAGCAGGUGUUUGAAUGGGAAAAUACGUCAUACUGAAUAUUUUGAUAAACUUUAUCUACCUGAACUUGGUUAUUUCCCCCUUUCCUAAAUUAACUAGCACUGAUUGUAAUUUAUUCCCCUAUUUCAUGUCUCCCUUCCAUUCUACAGGAGUUUUAGCUAUUUGAGAUUGUGGACCAUCAAUUUUGCACUUUAGAGAGUGAUUCUUACUCAAAUCCUCUGUUUUAUUAGAAAUUUUGGGCUCUCUUGCUCCUACCUGGAAAAAUGACCAUCUGCCAACUGAAUACAGUAUUGUUUUUGACCCAUGGGAUAUAUAACACAUGCAUUGUGCAGACGGUUAAUUCAGCAAGACUACAAAAAAUGGACAAAAAACUACUGAGGAACUUAGUAACUGCUGUUUUCUGUGUGUAGUGUUUAAUCUUCCAAACACAUCUAGUGUCUGUCAGUUUCUAAAUGGCAUGUGCAGGCUGCUCUGUGACUGAACAGUUUUUUAAACCAGCUUUACACCCUUCAGGAAAAAUCCCUUGUGAUUGGAUGUUGAAUAUUUGCCAGGAAACUGGUAGUCAGAUGUCGAAGCUGCAGUCAUAAUAGCACACUUCCCUUGAUCAACUUUUGGUUCCAUCACUGUUUACCCUUAUUUUAAAAUUAUUUUUAAUUUUAUAGCCAUACUUAUGAUGCUCUUGAUUUGUUGAUUCCACAAAUCAAUUUCAUUAAAGUCCAAAGAGAAUAAGUAUCUAGGCAUAUUUUGUACCAAAUUAGAAGACAAAAAGUUGUGCUUUCACAGUAGCAGAAGAUUAUAAAGUAAUGGAGAGAUUUGGUGCAAAACAACAAAAUACAAAAAAAUACAUAGCUAUAUAAAAUGGCCUGAGGAGUGUAAUGCUUGUUUAUAUUUUGUGUAUAUCUUUGCAAUCUAUUUUAUAUAUAUUGACAAAAGAGACUGUGAAAUAUUUAGCCAUGCAGAAUAUGUGACCAGACCAGAGCAUGUGUAGGAAGACUUCCUGGUAAUCGUUAACUCUACCCUGAAAUGAUGGACUGCAACUUAAGAUGUGUUUUAUCUACACUUCAAUCAGUAAUAUUAGCAAAUCUCUAAAUGUUAGCCACAUGGUUUGUUUCUCUUGUACAUUAUUCAUGAUAGUACAAUGCUGUAACUGGUGGUCCUUUUUAAACAAAACAUUAUUUGCAAAACAGAGGGUAUUAUUUGUUUUUAAAGCUUUUGUAAAUAAAGGCUUCAGAAAUGUUUUCAUAUA